AUGUGUGAACAGCAUCCCGCUGUUCGUCAUGCUGCGGUUGCUAUGGGUGCAUGGCAUGCCCAGUUUGAGCGAAGUUCGAGGGGAGAAACUGACAGUUCCGACUAUAAUCUGGGUCUUCGUCAUUCUAUUAAAGCCAUUGCUUGCCUUCAAGAAAGUCUCGCUCGGGAGAUUCCAAAUCCGCGUGGCUCAAACCGCACUCACAAGCAAGUAGUGCUAGUGACAUGCUUGUUCUUCACUCUCCUUGCUCUGUUCCAGGGAGAGUUCUAUUCCGCUCGCUGUCAUCUCAUCUCCGGUUUUCAACUUCUUCAAGACUGGGAUGCUCAGGCAGAUAAAUCUGCUACCGGCCUGGCCUUGAGACAGUCUUUUGCGCAAAUGCACGUGCACUGGUUCUUCUGCACCCACUCGGAGUUGUUCUUGAAGAAUCCUGAACUGCACAAUAGCGAGUCCUGGAUAUCUGCACAUACUAUAGAAGCCUUAUCAACCUUUGCUCCGCGUCACUAUUCGGGUGUUGAUCAGAUGAACCGUAUCCAGGAGUUCUCAUCUCUUGUUUCGGGGUUUAUACUUAACUGCACUGCCGACGGAUUUUAUAUAGGACCGGCGAGCGUUAUCAGCCACGAGGCGGAAGUGGUCUCCGCCAAGGUUCGACUUUGCAGGAGUCUUCUCACAGCCGUUCUCGUCGAAUUGAAAGGUCUGGCGCCUGGAAACUGCGACUCCCUGAGGGUCCUCUCACUAUGGAUCGAAGUCAUCCAGAUCAAAAUAGAAUGCGCCAAAAGCCCAAAGCCAGAUGAAAUGGCAUACGACGAUCACCUGGAGCAGUUCCGUCGUAUUAUGAAAACGGGACAAAGUCUAGUGGACUCGGCUGACAGUCCAAGCGAUAUCAAUUUUUCGCCCUUCAACUACAGGUAUGGCGUUUUCCCUGCGCUUCUGUGGACUGCGGCAAAAUGUCGUGAUUGGCACACUCGUCGUGACGCCCUUUUCAUUUUACAAAAACGAGCUGGAGACGACUCCUGGGCAUCUGCCGCAAGUGUUGCUGUGGAAAGGCUGACUGAAGUCGAGUCAAAGGGGUUCAAUCCAGGAGAUGUCAUCCCCGAGUCCGCCCGGGCCUAUCUGGUUGACGUGAAAAUAGAAUCUGCCAGGCCCCUAGUCGAGCUAUGGCAUCGCAGGUCUGAAUCCGCAUCAGAAGGAAAGCAUCCCGGUGGCCAAUGGCAAAGAGAACUUAUGAAGUACUAG